GUUUGCCCUAAAAGAAAUCAUGUCAUCAGGAGGAGCUGAAGAUGAUAUUCCUCAAGCAGAGAGGAAAACAGUGACAGACUUUUGCUACUUGUUGGAUAAAUCUAAACAGCUAUUCAAUGGCUUAAGGGAUUUACCUCAGUAUGGGCAGAAGCAGUGGCAAUCCUAUUUUGGGCGGACCUUUGACGUUUACACCAAGCUCUGGAAGUUUCAACAGCAGCACCGACAAGUAUUGGACAAUCGGUAUGGGUUGAAGCGGUGGCAAAUUGGGGAAAUUGCUUCCAAGAUUGGGCAGCUCUAUUACCAUUAUUACCUGCGCACCUCAGAAACCAGCUAUCUCAAUGAAGCUUUCUCCUUCUACUCGGCCAUUAGGCAGAGGUCAUACUACUCCCAAGUCAACAAAGAAGACAGGCCUGAAUUAGUGGUUAAGAAGCUGCGUUACUAUGCAAGGUUUAUAGUGGUUUGUCUCUUGCUCAACAAAAUGGAUGUUGUAAAGGACCUUGUAAAGGAGCUGUCAGAUGAAAUUGAAGACUACACUCACCGGUUUAACACUGAAGAUCAGGUGGAGUGGAACCUGGUUCUCCAGGAAGUGGCAGCGUUUAUUGAGGCAGACCCUGUCAUGGUUUUAAAUGAUGACAACACCAUUGUAAUCACCUCUAACAGGCUUUCUGAAACAGGAGCUCCGUUGCUGGAGCAGGGGAUGAUAGUGGGACAGCUUGCUCUUGCAGAUGCGCUGAUUAUUGGGAACUGCAACAACCAGGUCAAGUUCAGUGAACUAACAAUUGAUAUGUUUCGAAUGCUACAAGCACUUGAAAGGGAACCAAUGAAUUUAGCAUCACAAAUGAACAAGCCUGGAAUGCAGGAGUCGACAGAGAAACCAGCCAGGCGGGAAAACCCCCAUAAAUAUCUGCUGUAUAAACCAACUUUCAGCCAGCUCUAUACAUUUUUAGCAGCAUCAUUUAAGGAGCUGCCUGCAAACAGUGUGCUGCUGAUUUACUUGUCUGCCACGGGCGUGUUUCCAUCAGGUCGUUCGGAUAGUGAAGGUCCAUAUGAUUUUGGUGGUGUUCUGACAAAUAGUAACAGGGACAUUAUAAAUGGGGACGCCAUCCACAAGCGAAACCAGUCGUACAAGGAGAUGCACUGUCUUCACCCUGGAGAUCUCUACCCUUUCACAAGAAAGCCACUGUUUAUCAUUGUGGACUCUUCAAACAGUGUCGCCUAUAAGAAUUUCACAAACUUAUUUGGACAACCGUUGGUGUGCUUGCUCUCUCCAACAGCAUAUCCAAAAGCAUUACAAG